AUGGCACCCGAUAAGAAGGACAAGAAGCGCAAGGCUGCCAGCACAGUAGCCGCCGACUCGCCCGCAAAGAAGACCAAGAAGGUCGAGGCCAAGCCGAGCGAAGCCCCCAAAGAAACCCCCAAGUCUAUUCUGAAGAAGAACAAGAAGGAUGGCCCUGCUACAGAGCAAAAGUCCACUUCCAAAGUGAAGCUCAAUGGCGAGCCGGCAAGACAGGUCAAGCCUCGCAAGCGUGCGGCGGAUUUCCUCAGCGACGACGAGAGUGAGCCGGAAGUUGUUGCGUCCGAACCCAAGGCCGAUACCGAGGAGAAGAAGCAGCCCAGUAAGAAGAAGUCGAAGAAGGAAGACGGCACCCCUGCGCCCGCUACAAAAGCCAAGACAAGCGCUGCUGCUGCAAAGCCCAAGGCGACCAAGGCGAAGAAGCCUGAGCCUGUCGUCGAAGAGUCGGACGAUGAGGAUAACGAGCAGGUCCCUGUUGUCUCCGAUGAUAGUUCUGAAGACGAGGAAGAUGAUACACUAGACGAUCAGACCGCCGCUUUGAUCAAGGGUUUCGAGAGCAGCGGCGACGAGGACGAAUCCGGAGACGAAGGAUUUGAUCCUGACCAGCCGGUUCCCAAGAUCCCCGAUUCCAAGAAGGCGAAGCGCAAGAUCUUGAAGAAGCAAAAGAAGCACGGUGAGCCCGAAGCUCCCGGAACGGUUUAUAUUGGACGUAUUCCCCACGGUUUCUACGAACAUCAGAUGCGCGCUUACUUCUCCCAAUUCGGCGAAAUUACUCGCCUGCGUCUCUCGCGUAACCGCAUCACCGGUCGCUCAAAGCACUACGCUUUCGUGGAGUUCGCCUCGAACACUGUUGCCAAGAUUGUCGCGGAGACUAUGGACAACUACCUGAUGUACGGCCAUAUCCUGAAAUGCAAAUAUGUCCCCUCCGAUCAGUUGCACCCGGAGGUCUGGAAGGGUGCCAACAGACGAUUCAAGCGCACCCCAUGGAACCGCAUCGAGAAGAAGAGGCUGGAAAAGGGCAAGACGAGGGAACAAUGGUCGGAGCGCAUUGAGCGGGAGCAGAAGAGACGACUUGCAAAGGCCGAGAAGCUGAAGGCUCUGGGCUAUGAGUAUGAGCUUCCCCAGCUGAAGAGCGUCGACGAAGUUCCUGUCCAAGAAGAGACCAAGGCGAUCGAAGCUGCCGAUGUGACUGCCGAUGAGCCCAUGAAGGCUAUCGAGGCACCCUCGGCCCAGGAGUCCAAGGAGGAGACUACCGUGGACGAGACUCCUAAGAAGUCUAAGAAGGAGAAGAAGGCAAGCCAAUCGACUCCUAAGCAGGGGACACCCAAGCAGGAUGGCGAAAAGGCGUCGGCGAAAAAGGGGGUGAAUGGAGCUUCCGCUUCACCAGCUACAAAGGCUGGGGUCAAGGACAAGAAGGCUAAGAAGGUGAAUGCGUAG